GUAAGAGCUGAGACAUCCUCGCUGGAGCCCAGUCCUCACCAGAGCGCUCCGCGGCUCAGCAUCCCAACUCCAGCACAGCAGCGGCAAUGGGGGACCCGUCCUUGCCCUCCCUGCAGCAGGAAUGAAACGUGGGGCAGGUGACUGCAGAGCAUCCCGAGCUGCGCACCCACCCUGGUCUGCAUCCAACCCUGUCCAUGGCUCCUCCAGCACUUGCUGAUGGUGCGAACACAGAGGGCACCCUGUCAGAGGUGCCCUGUGGUGCCAUUCCCUGCUGAGCCUCCUCGCCCACCAGCAUCUCAGCUCUUUGCUGGGCCCAUGGGAGACACCGUCAUAGGGAGCAUGGGGAGCCUGCCCCAUCACAUCACUCCCCUCAUUGUAUGGUGCUUCCUCACCUUCCAGGCAGCUGCCUGCCUGCAGGAGCAGCCCCGCAGUCAUGCCGAGGAGCGUCUCUUCAAGCACCUCUUCACCGGCUACAACCGCUGGUCACGGCCGGUGCCCAACACCUCUGAUGUGGUCAUCGUCAAGUUCGGGCUCUCCAUCGCGCAGCUCAUCGAUGUGGAUGAGAAGAACCAAAUGAUGACCACAAAUGUCUGGCUCAAGCAGGAGUGGAGUGACUACAAACUGCGCUGGGACCCAGCAGAAUUUGACAAUGUCACCUCCAUCCGGGUGCCCUCUGAGAUGAUCUGGAUCCCUGACAUCGUGCUCUACAACAAUGCUGACGGGGAGUUCGCUGUGACCCACAUGACCAAGGCUCACCUCUUCUCCAGUGGGACAGUGAAGUGGGUGCCACCCGCCAUCUACAAGAGCUCGUGCAGCAUCGAUGUCACCUUCUUCCCCUUUGACCAGCAGAACUGCAAGAUGAAGUUUGGCUCAUGGACCUAUGACAAGGCCAAGAUUGAUCUGGAGAACAUGGACCACCAUGUGGACCUCAAGGAUUACUGGGAGAGUGGCGAGUGGGCCAUCAUAAACGCCAUUGGCACCUAUAACUCCAAGAAGUAUGACUGCUGCACCGAGAUCUACCCUGACAUCACUUUCUGCUUCGUCAUCCGUCGCCUCCCGCUCUUCUACACCAUCAAUCUCAUCAUACCCUGCUUGCUUAUCUCCUGCCUGACUGUACUAGUCUUCUACCUGCCCUCCGACUGUGGGGAGAAGAUCACCCUCUGCAUCUCCGUCCUGCUGUCCCUCACCGUGUUCCUGCUGCUCAUCACAGAAAUCAUCCCCUCCACCUCGCUGGUCAUCCCCCUCAUCGGAGAGUACCUCCUCUUCACCAUGAUCUUCGUCACGCUCUCCAUCAUCAUCACCGUGUUUGUCCUCAACGUGCACCACCGCUCCCCCAGCACCCACACGAUGCCGCGCUGGGUGCGCACCUUCUUUCUGGACUUCAUCCCUCGCUGGCUCUUCAUAAAGCGUCCCCCAGUGCUGCCUCCCCCCGAGGGUCCUGUGGGGCAGUAUGACCUCCCUGGAACGAGGCUCAGCACCUCCCGGUGCUGGCUGGAGACCGAUGUGGAUGACAAGUGGGAAGAAGAGGAGGAGGAGGAGGAAGAAGAGGAGGAGGAAGAGGAGGAGAAGACAUACCCCAGUCGCAUAUCCCAGGCGGGGUCCCACACCCAGGGCAACCAGUGCUGCUAUAGCUGCGGGCAACAAGCCAGGAAGCCCCCAGGGGGGCUGCCCCCCCGGGUGCCCCCCAAGAGGGAGGAGGAGCAGGAGGGCUCGGACCAGGGGCUGCUGCUGUCCCCCAGCAUCCUGAAGGCCCUGGAAGGGGUGCAGUACAUUGCAGACCACCUGCGAGCAGAGGAUGCUGACUUCUCGGUGAAGGAGGACUGGAAGUACGUGGCCAUGGUGAUCGACCGCAUCUUCCUCUGGAUGUUCAUCAUUGUCUGCAUGCUGGGCACUGUGGGGCUCUUCCUCCCACCCUACCUGGCAGGGAUGAUCUAGGGCCAGGCCAGGCUGCAGUGGGGAUGGCAGAGAGUGGUGCCCACAUCCAGCCUGACCCUGGGACGACAUGGUGGCAACCAUGGAGGACCCUCAGAUAGGAAAUGUAAGGUAAAGCAGGUGCUGUGCGCUGGGGAUGGUGAGGGAUGACUGCCUGCUAUCUUGCCCAGGGCAGUCACAGCCAUCCCAGCAUUGAGGAAGGUGUGGAACAGCUUCCCCAUUGCUCAAGUGCAAGCUGGAGGCAUCUAAGAGAGGCAUCUACUUCCUCAAGCUGCUCCAAGCCCUACUGAAAACCCAAAAGCUGUGUCUGGUUGUGACUCCAGUGUGCUGGACAAGAAGAGAGGACCUUAGAGCUGCGUUAGGACACGUCCUGACUACAGGGUGUUUACUAUGACAGGGUCGUGUGCUCAUCCAUGAUGUGGGGCAGGUGAUAACACUUCAUGAAAAAGACCCAUGAAGAAGGUCCAUGAAGAAGGAGUAUGGUCCUGGGAUGUAGGGCCCUGCUUGGACACAUGACAUUGGGGUCACAAAGCACAGCCCAGGCACAGACCCUCUGCAACCUGCCAGCAAAAUGGUGGCUUCCACAUUAUCCCACAGGUCAGAUCCCAAAAAACCUGGCUCCGAUGACUGCUGCAAUCCAGCUUUUAUCCUCUAGCUUCCAUAUACCCUGAAGGACCCAUGCUUACUGAGCAUCUGCUCUCUUCUUAUAUGCCCCAAGAGACACUAGCUUUUCCUGCAAUGCUUUCUCUUCCAGGAGACCGAGCCAUCAGGGUGCUUGAUGUGGUCUGCAGGGGUUUGGAAACACUGUGCUCUCAGGAGUGAAAUGGACUGGAAUAAAUAGUGCCACAGAGGGACGUCCACAUCCUGGGGGUGUUGCAGCCACUUGUGCAGCCUCCAGUGCUUUCAGGCUGGGGUGUGCACAACUGGGAAUGGGACAUGUGAGAGAGCAAGUGUCCAGGCAAAGCUGGAUGCAUGUGGGGGUAUGUGUGUGCAUGUGUUUAACACGGUACAUGGGCUGUAGUGCUCUGCAGGUGAGCCCCCCUCCUGCAGCCCUGCAUCCAGCUCUGGGGCCCCAACAUAAGAAGGAUGUGGAGCUGUUGGAGUGAGUCCAGAGGAGGGCACAAAG